GCGCAGUGUGUGGUCUUGAGCAUUUUGCUUGUAGACCCCCUGCAUUAUGAUCUCGCGAGUGGGCCUUACUGCUGCUGCCAAGAGUGGCGCUGUCUCUCGAGCACUCUCGACCUCGGCCUCAGAGACCUACUCGUUCGUCCAGGCUCGCGCCGAGUACCGCAAGGAGAUCGCGUCGCUCCGCAAGGACUUUAUUGAGGAGGAGAAACGCCGCAGAGAGAAACUCGCGCGUGAUGCAGAGGCUCAGCGCCAGAAAAUUAUGAAGGCUAAGGCGGCCCGACUAGAGAUUAAGCGCCAGCAGCAGGCAAUCCGCGCUAAGGAGGUCGCUCGUGAGAAGGCCAUCCACGACGAGAAAGUCAGGAAAUACUUCGAGGAGAAGGUGGUGGUGCGCCAGGAGCGGAACGCCGAAGUGGAGCGCCGUCGCGAGGCACUGGUGGCCUCGUUGCGCCAACAGAGUGCCAAGUGGACAACCGGGGAGAAUUACGCGGAGAAGCUCAAGGAGGACGUCUUCAUCUACUCUCCGCAGCAGAUCUCAGCCCGGGGCUCGUUCGACCCGUCGAGCACGUCGGGCAGCGCCGUUUCCUGGCUCGAGAAGCUCCAGCGGAUGAAGCCUGCUGGAGUGCAAGACACCAGCGACGAGGCUGCCGCAUCUGCCGUUGCGUCGGCUGCCGACGAGGAGGAUGCCACCACGUACGUCUCCAGCGACGACGACGGCGUGGAAGCUUCCAAGCCGAAGAAGGAGGACGAAUAAGCCAAAAGAGCGGAGCACCCGUACUAUUUCUCUCCUUGACACGAGUACACACUACCUAGACACUUGUUGAGCCCUGUUUAUUGCGUUGCUUGUCUUAAUGAUCUUGGCGCCUGCGUUGCCGGCUCCUGAGCCGAAUAGA